UGGUCAUGUGAUGUGGGAUAGCUGCCUUCCCGGGCAGUGAAGGCAAAGGCUGUGAUGGCGGCGAAUGUGUUGACUUGGGUACAGACCGGGACGCAGUGGGCCCUGGCGAUCUGGCGAAUGCCGUGGCUACCGCUUUUGCUGAUGGUGGCGGCGGCGGCUGCGGAGCAGCAAGUACCGCUGGUGUUGUGGUCCAGUGAUCGGGACUUGUGGGCUCCAGCAGCCGACACGCACGAGGGACACAUCACCAGCGACAUGCAGCUUUCUACCUACCUAGAUCCCGCCCUGGAACUGGGUCCCCGGAAUGUGCUGCUCUUCCUGCAGGACAAGCUAAGCAUUGAGGAUUUCACAGCAUAUGGUGGUGUGUUUGGAAAUAAACAGGACAGCGCCUUUUCUAACCUGGAGAAUGCCUUGGACCUCGCCCCUUCCUCAUUGGUACUUCCUGCUGUCGACUGGUAUGCAGUUAGCACUCUGACCACCUACCUGCAGGAGAAGCUUGGGGCUAGUCCCCUGCAUGUGGACCUGGCCACCCUUCGGGAGCUGAAACUCAAUGCCAGCCUCCCUGCCCUGCUGCUCAUCCACUUACCCUAUACAGCCAGCUCCGGUCUGAUGGCGCCCAGGGAAGUUCUCACAGGCAAUGAUGAGGUCAUUGGGCAGGUGCUGAGCACACUCAAAUCUGAAGAUGUCCCGUACACAGCAGCUCUCACAGCUGUCCACCCUUCCAGGGUGACCCGUGAUGUAGCCAUGGUGGCUGCUGGGUUAGGCCGCCAGCUGCUUCAAACACAGACAGCAGCACCAACUGUGGUCCAUCCUCCUGUGGUUUAUAAUCGCACUGUGCCACGGAUUUUGUUCUGGGCCCAGAACUUCUCUGUGGCAUACAGUGGCCAACUGGAGGACCUGACCCACCUCACCUUUGGGGUGCAGGACCUCAACCUGACUGGCUCCUUCUGGAAUGACUCCAUGGCUUGGCUUUCACUGACCUACGAACAGCUCUUCGGUACAGUGGUGACAUUCAAGUUCAUCCUGAGUAACCGAUUCUACUCAGUAUCUGCCCGACACUGGUUUACCAUGGAGCGCCUCGAAAUCCACAGCAAUGGCUCUGUUGCUUCCUUCAACACUUCCCAGAUCACAGGACCCAGCAUCUACUCCUUCCAUUGUGGGUAUGUCAGCAGUGCUCGCAAGAGUGGCAACCUCCUCGUGGCGGCCACGGAGCCCUCCCUCUGGCAUAUUACUCUUCAGGACUUCCAGAUCCAGGCUUUCAAUGUGACAGGUGAGCAAUUCUCCUAUGCCAGUGACUGCGCCGGCUUCUUCUCCCCUGGCAUCUGGAUGGGGCUGAUCACCUCCCUCAUCAUGGUUUUCAUCUUUACCUACGGCCUGCACAUGAUACUCAGCCUCAAGACCAUGGAUCGCUUUGAUGACCAUAAAGGCCCCGCCAUCUCUUUAACCCAAAUUGUGUGAGCUGUGGCACGGAGAUGGUCACUUUCUCACCCUGUGGAUCCCCUUUUCCUACGUACGGAUAGCAUGAAUCUCCUAUUGCCCUCAGCCUGUCUUGCUUCCUCCUCCACUUGCUGAGGGCUUUUCCUGGGGCUGCCCCACCAUUCCUAUCAAGAUGUAUAUAUUCUGCAUAGACCUGAAGACAGCUCUCAGAUUCAGAGUCCUAAAGUGUAAGGGACAUUAGUGCUAGGGUCUCAUUUCUUAUUUAUUCUGUCGGUCCACCAUUGUAAGUGCAUUGUAAGUGCUUUUUGUGUAGGUGUAGCGUAUGCUUCCUUCAGAAACUUUCUGGGACUCUGCUGCAGCCAGAAGCCUGAGGUUGUUUGUGAGUUUGGGAGCGUGUGGAAAUACUACUCAACUGUCUGCCUAGCUCGGCUAGCAUCAUAAUUUUUAUUUUUGUGAUGUGAUAAGAAUAAACAGUACAUCUGAUUUCUUUCUGUGGCCUGAAAAAGGGACCUUCACGACAGGUGGGCUGAGUGUGCUCACUGGGUGUCUGUCAUGUUCCCACUAGGAGUGCCUGGCAGGAGCUUGGGGUGCUCUUAUUAUUCCCUUCCUAAUAAAAAUAAGGUCAGAUCACCA